CUGCUUUUUAACUUUUCACAAUUAAAGUAAUAUUCGUUUUUCUUUUAUCCGAUUUUGACUCAGCCUAACAAUUUUGCGUUGCGUAGGAAAGGUCUCUUUUACUUAUAGCCAGAGUUGUUGAGCUCCAAGAGGCGUCACCACUUCACUUUCUCAUCAUCGUCCAUGGCGGAUUCAGGCAAAACCGAGAAUGCGUCGUCGUCAUCACACUUUGACGUCGUGCCCCUGGCGGCCGACCACCACUUCCUCCACGACCCGACUAAAAAAAACUCCCUGGUCAGCCACUUCAGCAACGCCCAGUCACCCGUCUACCGAGCCAUCAUGCGUGAGUGGAAGAUCCUCCAGUCGAGCCUUCCCGACUCCAUCCACGUGCAAACCUACGAGACACGAAUCGACCUCCUUCGCGCGGUCGUUAUCGGGCCCCAAGGCACCCCUUACCACGACGGGCUCUUCUUCUUCGACAUAAGCCUCCCGGCCCAUUACCCAGUGGGCCCACCAUCCGUCUACUACCGCUCCCACGGCUACAGGCUAAACCCUAACCUCUAUGCCAACGGCAAAGUCUGCCUCAGCCUCAUCAACACUUGGUACGGAAAUUCGCGGGAGAGGUGGACCCACGGGUCGACCCUGCUCCAGCUGCUCGUGUCCAUACAGGGCCUCGUGCUGAACGAGAGGCCCUUUUUCAACGAGCCCGGUUUUGAGGCCGGUAAGAACAGCCAAUCUUGUUUCUGGGUGAAGAGUUCGAAUGUUUACAACGAGACGACUUUUGUACUGUCCUGCAAGACGAUGGCCCGAGUAGCUAGAAGCCCGCCUAAAAAAUUCGAGGAGUUUGUGGAUCGGCAUUUUCGGGCCCGGGCAGACCCGAUACUGACGGCGAUUGGGGAUUAUGUGGAGGGACUAGCGAUGGUGGGGAGUUUGGAAGGGGAUGAGGGAAGGAGGAUUAGGGUUUCUAGGAGGUUUAAGAAUGAUUUGGCGAGGGUUAGAGGGGAGCUCGAGGUUGCAUUUUCGCGGUACCUUCCAUUGGGUUGGGUGGAUUGCAAUCGGGCCGUGGAUGUUGAGAAGCCCAAAGAAGAUGUGAAGAAGAAAGGUAAAAAGGGGUUAUGGAAAAGCUUGUUGGGUUUGUGGAGAAGAUUUGGGAUUGAGACUGAAGGUUUCGAGUGAGGGAAAUUUGUUGCUGUUUUUGUUAGUACUAGGUUGUGAUGGAUAAUUGGGGGGGUGGUUUCUAGGAAUGUGUUGCUGGGUUGCUAGUUGCUACAAAAACUUCAGAACAGUUGCAUCAUUUUCUCUUUUCAAACAUCAUCAUAUUUUCCAGUGAUUAAUAUUAGCAUACGUUGAGGUUAUAAUUGCAGGAUGUUAUUGUUUCACUUUCACCUUUCAUUUCCACUAGAAAACAAA